CUUCUCAGAUUUGUGCUGUUACAUAACAGGCAACAGACCCAAAGGAAAUGGGACAAAGAAGGGCUAGUUGUUUUGUUUCCUGAUAGUUACUAAGUCAGACACCAUGUAAAGGAAGAAAACACCCCACAAGAUCCCGAUAAGGCAAUACCCAGGACACCUACUGUGUGAAAGAUCUCUAGAAGACGUUCCUGUUGAAGGCCCUGAAGGCAUAGAUGAAGAUGAUCCUGUUAAUUCUGACUACAACAUGAAACUGACCAAGUUUUCCUUCCAAGUUGAUAGGUCUUGGAAAGCCCAGCUGUCAUCACUGAAUGAAAGCAUAAAGAGCUCCAAACUGGAGGCUUCCUGUUGUGCUCCAUGGUUCCAGGAUAUUCUGCACUUGGAGUCCCCCGAAUCUGGUGACCAGAGUGCCAGUGUGCCAAGCUGGGCCUUCAUUCCCCAAGGCCUGCCGCACAGGCAGUACAGUUUUCCAUGGAAAAGUCCCGCCAAGACCAGGGAUCCAGGAAGAUUAUGGAAAAGAAUGCACAUCAGUGAGCAGGAGGAGCCCCUUGAGCUCGCAUGUGUGUCUGUGACAGGAUUCACUGCACUGUUUACUUGGUCAGUAGAAAGGACGGGCUGUUCCAUUGCCCUCUGGGAUUUGGAGACCCAGGCCAUGCAGUGUUUUUCCCUGGGCAAAAAAUGCAUCCCUGUAGACAGUGAUGGAGACCAGCAGCUGUGCCUCGUUUUGACAGAAAAUGGACUCUGUCUGAUUUUGUUUGGUCUGACCCAAGAGGAGUUUUUAAAUCGACUAAUGAUCCAUGGAAGCGCCAGAACUGUGGAUUCUCUUUGCCAUCUGAAUGGUUGGGGGCGGUGCUCCAUCCCCAUGCACGCCCUAGAGGUAACGGAGUUAAAUGUCUGGAGAAUUCUGCUUGAUAAUCCUUCUGUCCUAUACUCUGACUACAGAUUAUUGUAGUCGGUACAACUGGGAGAAUUUAUUUAACCUUGCACCAAAAGAUCAUCCAUUUGCUUAUUGUUGGCUAUUUCAUUACCCUAAUCCUGCUUAGCAGUUUUUCGUUUUUGACAUUAAAAGAUAUAAGGUUACAAUAACUACUAUUUAAAAAAGAGAAAGUUACAAGCACUGAAGCAACAAUAAGCUGAGGAGAAGAAAUGAUGUGGAAACAAGCUGUGGGAACCUGAAACAGGAAUGAUCCCUUAUUCCCACUUUGCAGUCCCCACACUUCUAAUCCAGCUGUAGUAGUGUCAGAAUGGAAUUUAUAUAGCAUUUUAUAGUUUACAGAUAUGCAUUAUCUAAAUUGUGCUAAAAUAACCACAUGAGAGUUCUUUAUACAUUCUGGAUACGACCCUUACGAGGAACAUAAUUUGCAAGUAUUUUCUCCUGUUCUAUGGGUUGCCUUUUCACCUUCUCCAUGGUGACCUUUGAAAUACAAAAGUUUUUAAUUUUGAUUUAGUUGGUUUCCUCUCUUUUUCUUUUUGGUUACUUGUGCUUAUGGUGUCCUAGCUAAGAAACCAGUGCCUAUUCUUAGGUCACAAAGAUUUACUUUUACAAGGGUUUUAUAGCUUUAGCUCUUACAUUUAGAUCUUUGAUGCACUCUGAUUAAUUUUUGUGUAUGAUAAGUGGAAGGGACCCAACCUCAUUCUUUUGCAUGUGGAUAUUCAGUUGUUCUAGCACCACUUGUUGGAAAACUUAUCUUUAUAUACUACAGAAUAUCAUUUUAGAAAAUGUAGUAAUAGGGAAAGAAAGAAAAUUUAUCACUCAUAAAUCUAUUACCCAAAGUGAUAUUGUUUACUCUUAGGGUUAUUUCCUUAUAGUUGUUUUUCCCUAUUUAUCAAUGUUAAUAAUCAGGUAUUACUAAUAUUCUUAUCCAUUUUAUAGGUAAAUAUUAUUUCCAUUUUAUAGAUGAGGAAACAGAGAGAGGUUAGGAAUUUUAUUCUAAUUUAGCUAUACUUGGGCAGUACGUGGUAGCACUAGAUGUUUGAACCCAGGCAGUGUGACUACAUAGCCUGUGCCUUACACAGUAUGUGUAUGUGUGUGUGUGUGUGUGUGUGUGUGUGUGUGUCUAUGUAGUGAGUUUAAUUAAGCUUGUGUGGAAUAUACUGCAUUUUCUGGCCUUAGUCUCCCCCAUAUACAAAUGAUGAAUAUGUAUGAUUUAAGUGAUAACAACAACAAUAAUAAAACACAUACCCUUAUUCCCACCAUCCAGGCAAGAACUCGAUUAUCUUUGAAUGUGCACCCCUCCUGUUGCAUGUGUCCAUCCCAGUCCUGUUCCCUUAACUCCCCCAGCCUCAGAGUUAACUACCAUUCCGAAAAUUUAUACCAUUCCCUUGCUUUUCUUUUUCUUACUCCAUAUAAAGAUAUACUCAAAUAAUGCUAUUUAGUUUUAGCUACUGUACAUAUAUUUGGGGGGGGGGGGCUUGCUGGGGUUUUUUUUUCAUUCAAAAUUUUUUUGUAAUUCAUCCAUGUUAAAUUUUAUAACUACAGUUUGUUCAGUUUUACCCCUGUAUAGCAUUCCAUUAUCUGAAUAUGUCUUAUUUAUCCAACUUUAGAUUGUUUCCAGUUGUUUGCUGAUGUAAACAGUGUUGCAGUAAAUAGUUUCUUACACAUCUAUUGUAGCACGUUUGGGAGAGUUUUCUUGGUAGUGGUAGAAUUGCUGGGUCAUAGCGCAUGUGCAUGUUUAACUUUACUAGAGUACUCUAGUUUUCCAAAGCUCUUUUAUUAGUUUAUGGUCUCACCAGCAAUGUAAUCAUUUCUAAUUGUGUUAUGUUUGGCAACACUUGGCAUAUCCAGAUAUUUUGGCAAUCUGAUAGUAUGAUGGAUUUUAACUUGCUUUAAUGUUGAACACCGUACAUAUAUAUACAUGUGGCUUAUUUUUGUAAAGUGACUGUUCAAGUCUUUUGCCUUUUUUUCUCCAGUGGUGUUUGCCUUUUUCUUAGUGGUCUGUAGUGUUUCAUAUAUUUUAGAUACCUAUCCUUUGUUAGAGGUGUGAUGAAUAUAUUCUAAUCUGUGGCUAGUCUUUUUACUGUCAUGGGGGUUCUUAAUUUAACGUAGUUCUAAAUUUUAAUUAGUUUCAUUAAUCAGUUCUUUGCUUUAUGAAUGUAAUUUGUGAUUUCUCCUAUGUUGAGGUCAUAAAAAUGGUUUUAUAUUUUUUCCUAUGAUUAAAAUUUUUGAGUUUUGCAUGUAA